AUGGCGAGUUUCAACAUUUAUAUUGCUUUCGGUGUUUUGGUUAUUAUGAUAAGUGGAGCGGUCAUGGCUCGUGAUGUUGAUCCGAUCAAAGCAAAAAAUUGUGAAACUAAGAUGACAUUGCAUUGUGUCAAUGAAGUUUUCACAAGUAUAUUCAAGACCGGAAUUGUUACGGAUAAUUGUUGCAUUGAGCUUAUAGGACUUGGUCAAUUUUGCCAUUAUGCAUUAAUCAAGAAAACUCUUCAAAAUCCUCUUUUUAAAAAUAACGAUACAUCAGUAAUCUUAUCAAGGGCAGCUCAGGUAUGGAAGAAGUGUACUCCAGUUAGCGAGGGUGUUUCGCCCACUCCUUCUCCUUGA